GUCGCGUCAUCUGGAAGACAUACAAUUUCUCUGGUAUCUGUUUACUUCUUCUUCUUCCUCCUUUGUGUUGGUCAAUCGCCGAUCUCGUUGCUUCAUUUUUCACUCGAGGUUGAUUGGUACAAAAGUGUUCAUCAAAUGGUUGGAGGUGGAGUUAUCCAGCAGCUUCUUAGAAGGAAACUUCAAUCUCAAUCAGUCGCAACUCCGGUAUUGUCAUGGUUGUCUUCGAAGAAAGCUAAUGAAGAUGCUGGGUCUGCUGGUGUUAAAGCGUUUGCUCUCAUGGGUGCUGGUAUUACAGGGUUGUUGAGUUUUUCUACUGUGGCAUCCGCUGAUGAGGCCGAACAUGGUUUGGAGUGUCCAAACUACCCUUGGCCACAUGAAGGCAUUCUCAGCUCAUAUGACCAUGCUUCGAUUCGUCGUGGUCACCAAGUUUAUCAGCAAGUCUGUGCGUCUUGCCACUCGAUGUCUCUGAUCUCGUACCGAGACUUGGUUGGUGUUGCCUACACAGAGGAAGAGGCAAAGGCAAUGGCAGCUGAAAUCGAGGUUGUUGAUGGACCAAAUGAUGAGGGUGAGAUGUUCACCCGUCCUGGUAAACUCAGUGACCGGCUUCCUCAACCAUACUCAAAUGAAUCAGCUGCAAGGUUCGCCAAUGGAGGAGCGUAUCCACCUGAUCUAAGUCUUGUAACUAAGGCACGUCACAAUGGCCAAAAUUAUGUCUUUGCUCUGUUGACUGGUUACCGUGACCCUCCUGCUGGAAUUUCGAUUAGAGAGGGGUUACACUACAAUCCCUAUUUCCCUGGUGGAGCAAUCGCUAUGCCAAAGAUGCUUAAUGAUGAAGCUGUGGAAUAUGAAGAUGGAACUCCUGCAACAGAAGCACAGAUGGGUAAAGAUGUUGUAUCAUUCUUGUCCUGGGCAGCUGAACCAGAAAUGGAAGAGAGGAAAUUGAUGGGUUUCAAAUGGAUAUUUUUACUGUCUUUGGCUCUGCUUCAAGCUGCAUAUUACAGGAGACUGAAAUGGUCAGUACUCAAAUCCCGUAAGCUUGUUCUCGACGUCGUGAACUAAUCCCGUGAAGAUCAGCUUUUCUCUGGAUAAUAAGCAUUAAUCUUGAAAGGGAUGAAGUGGUGAAAUCCCACUUUUUGUCUCCAAAGACAUGUUUCUUUAUUUAUCGUUUAGAGAGUCUAAUGAGGGAAAAGAAGUCAAGUUUCUUUUUUAACCUCAUAGUUUACACAUGAUUUUGAGAUUGUAUCAUUUCCAUUUCUGUUUGUUUGUCUCCUAAGCCGGUCUCGGGUUGUUUUAAUAAAAAUAUGUGGUUUUACAACCUCUCAUGUGUAUAUCAAGAAACAUGAUUUUGUUACAA